GCUGCUGCUUCUGGUGCUCGCCGCGCCCGCCGCCGCCGGGCCGUGGGACCCGCUCCCACUGCAGCCCAGCAUGCCCCACGUGUGUGCGGAGCAGGAGCUGACACUGGUGGGCCGCCGCCAGCCCUGCAUGCGGGCCUUCAGCCGCGUGGUGCCCGUGUGGAAGCCCGGCUGCAGGCAGCAAGUGUGGUGCUUUGGCCAGGAGCGCAGAACCAUCUACUACAUGGGCUUCCAGCAGGUGUACGCCACAGAGGCCCGCACUGUGCUCAGGUGCUGCCUGGGGUGGAGCCGGCUGCCGAGCCAGGAGGGCUGCCUGUCUGAUGUGGACGAGUGCCGGGCGCACAAUGGUGGCUGUCAGCACCGGUGUGUGAACACGCUCGGCUCCCACUUCUGCGUGUGCAAGCCUGGCUUCCGGCUCCACUCAGACGGCAGGACCUGCCUGGCUGUCAAUUCAUGCGCCCUGGGCAAUGGUGGCUGCCAGCACCAGUGUGUGCAGCUCACAACCAUGCGGCACCGCUGCCAGUGCCACCCCGGCUUCCAGCUCCAGGAGGACGGCAGGCGCUGUGUCCGGAGAAGUCCCUGUGCAGAGGACAAUGGCGGCUGCAUGCACACGUGCCAGGAGCUCCAGGGCCUGGUCCAGUGCAGAUGUCACACAGGCUUCCAGUUGGCUACGGACCGCAAGGCCUGUGAAGACGUGGACGAGUGUGCUGCAGGCCUGGCCCAGUGCGCCCAUGGCUGCCUCAACACGCAAGGGUCCUUCACGUGUGCGUGCCAUGCGGGCUACGAGCUGGGCGCCGAUGGCCGGCAGUGCUACCGCAUCGAGAUGGAGAUCGUAAACAGCUGUGAGGUGGGCAACGGCGGCUGCUCCCAUGGCUGCAGGCACAGCAGCGGCGGGCCCCUGUGCACCUGUCCCCGCGGCUACGAGCUGGACGAGGACCGGAGGACCUGUGUGGAUGUGGACGACUGUGCCGACGCCCCGUGCUGCCAGCAGGUGUGUGCCAACACCCCGGGCGGGUACGAGUGCGGCUGCUAUGCCGGCUACCAGCUCAGCACAGACGGCUGUGGCUGUGAGGACGUGGACGAGUGCACCUCCGGCCGCAGCGGCUGUGAGCACCGCUGCACCAACCUCGCUGGCUCCUUCCAGUGCUCCUGUGAGGCUGGCUACCGACUGGACGAGGACCGCAGGGGCUGCACCCCUCUGGAGGCGCCCGCAGUGGACAUGGACAGCCAGCUGCCCUUCGAGCGGCCUCUGCCCCACGUCGCGGUGCUGCGGGACGAGCUGCUGCGGCUCUUCCAGGACGACUCUGGGGUCGAGGAGGAGGAGGAGGCGGAGCUGCGGGGAGAACUCACGCUCGCAGAGAAGUUCGUGUGCCUGGAAAACUCCUUUGGCCCUGACUGCAGCUUGACCUGCGAUGACUGCAGGAACGGUGGGACCUGCUUGCCAGGCCUAGACGGCUGUGACUGCCCCGAAGGCUGGGCCGGGCUCAUCUGCAAUGAGACUUGUCCUCCAGACACCUUUGGGAAGAACUGCAGCUCCCCCUGCAGCUGCCAGAAUGGCGGGACCUGUGAUCUGGUGACUGGGGCCUGCCGCUGUCCUCCCGGCGUCAGCGGAGCCCACUGUGAGGACGGUUGCCCCAAGGGCUUCUAUGGCAAACACUGUCGCAAGAAGUGCCACUGUGCCAACCGGGGCCGCUGUCACCGCCUCUAUGGGGCAUGCCUCUGCGAUCCUGGGCUCUACGGCCGCUUCUGCCACCUUGCCUGCCCGCCCUGGGCCUUUGGGCCGGGCUGCUCCGAGGAGUGCACCUGUAAGCAGCCCCACACUCAGGCCUGCGACCGGAGGGAUGGCAGCUGCCUGUGCAAGGCUGGCUUUCGGGGCAAGCGGUGCCAAGCAGAGUGUGAGCCGGGCUUCUUUGGGCCUGGGUGCCAGCAAGCAUGCACCUGUCCCCCGGGCGUGGCCUGCGACCCCGUGAGUGGCCAGUGUUGGCAGCAGUGUCCCCCUGGCUACCAGGGACAGGACUGUGGCCAAGAGUGCCCAGCGGGGAUGUUCGGCAUGAACUGCUCAGGGUCCUGCUCCUGUGGGGGGGCCCCCUGCCACUGGAUCACAGGGCAGUGCCUAUGCCCAGCAGGGAAGACUGGGGAGGACUGUGGGGCAGACUGUCCCGAGGGCCACUGGGGGCUGGGCUGCCAGGAGAUCUGCCCUGCAUGUGAACAUGGCGGCCGCUGUGAGCCCGAGACCGGAACCUGCACGUGCCUCCCUGGCUUCGUGGGCAGCCGCUGCCAGGACACAUGCCCAGCAGGCUGGUUUGGGCCCGGCUGCCAAAUGAGGUGCACUUGUGCCAAUGAGGGGCUCUGCAACCCGGCCACUGGGCGCUGCAGCUGUGCCCCUGGGUGGACCGGACUCCGCUGCCAAAGAGCCUGUGACAGUGGGCACUGGGGGCCCGACUGCAGCCACCCCUGCAACUGCAGCACGGGCCACGGGAGCUGUGACACUGUCAGCGGGCUGUGCCUGUGUGAGGCUGGCUACACGGGCCCUCGGUGCGAGCAGGAGUGUCCUCAGGGCUACUUUGGGCCCAGCUGUGGGCUUCGGUGCCGGUGCGAGCAUGGGGGAGCCUGUGACCACAUCAGCGGGGCCUGCACCUGCCCACCCGGCUGGAGGGGCAGCUUCUGUGAGCGUGCCUGCCCAGCCGGCUUCUUUGGUGUGGAUUGCCGUGACACCUGUGACUGCUCCGCCGGGGCCACCUGCGAUGCUGUGAACGGCUCCUGCAUCUGCCCAGCUGGCCGUUGGGGUCCCCACUGUGCCCAGACCUGCCCAGCCCUUACCUACGGGCUCAACUGCAGCCAGGCCUGUGCCUGCUCCGAUGGAGCGUCCUGUGACCCUGUCCAUGGGCAGUGCCUCUGUGCGCCCGGCUGGAUGGGGCCUGCCUGUCUACAGGCCUGCCCUGCCGGCCAGUAUGGCCCAAAUUGCCAACACUCCUGCCUGUGCCAGAACGGAGGGAGCUGUGACCCUGUCACCGGCCGCUGCAUGUGCCCGGAGGGCUGGACCGGGCCCGCCUGCGAGGACGAGUGCCUCCCAGGACACCACAGGGCCGGCUGCCAGCUGAGCUGCGGGUGCCUCCACGGGGGCCUCUGUGACCAGCGCGUGGGGCACUGCCUGUGCCCGGCCGGCUGGACGGGGGACAAGUGCCAGAGCCCCUGUCCUGAGGGCACGUUUGGGGCUCACUGCGAGGAGCGCUGCACCUGCCGGCGCAGAGCCACAUGCCACCACAUCACAGGAGCCUGCCUCUGUCCCCCCGGGUGGAGGGGCUUCCGGUGUGAGGAUGCCUGCCAGCGUGGCUGGUUCGGAGACGCCUGUGCCCAGCGCUGCCGCUGCCCACCAGGGGCCUCGUGUCACCAUGUCACUGGGGCAUGCCACUGCCCACGUGGCCUCAUCGGGCCUGGCUGCGAGCGUGCCUGUGCUCCGGGCACCUUCGGAGAGGGCUGUGGGCAGCUGUGCCGCUGUCCCGGCCGGAACUGGGUCUGCCACCCAGCUACAGGGGCCUGCACGUGUGCCCCUGGCUACCACGGCCCCAGCUGCCGGCAGCGAUGUCCCCCCGGCCGCUACGGGCCGGGCUGUGGGCAGCUGUGCAAAUGCUUCAAUGGGGGCUCCUGCGACGGGGCCACAGGGGCCUGCCGCUGUCCUGCUGGCUUCCUCGGAGCCGACUGCAGCCUCCCCUGUCCACAGGGCCACUUCGGCCCCAACUGUGCCCACGUGUGCAGGUGUGGGCAAGGGGCAGCCUGUGACUCUGUGACUGGCACUUGUGCCUGCCCUCCUGGGAGGACCGGUGUCCACUGUGAGCUCGGCUGCACCCUGGGCCUGUUCGGUGAGGGCUGUGGGCAGCGGUGUGCCUGCAAGAACGGAGGCCUGUGCCACGCUGCCACUGGCAGCUGCUCCUGCGGCCUGGGCUGGACAGGGCCGCACUGCGAGGAGGCCUGUCCCCAGGGCCGCUAUGGGGUCGCCUGCCGCCUGGAAUGCGUCUGCCACAACAACAGCACCUGCGAGCCCACAGCAGGCACCUGCCACUGCAGCCCCGGCUUCUAUGGCCCGGCCUGCGAGCAUCCCUGUCCCCCUGGCUUCCAUGGUGUGGGCUGCAAGCGGGCCUGUGAGUGUCGACACGGCGCCCCCUGUGACCCCGUCCAUGGCCAGUGCCUGUGUCCUGCCGGCCUCCGGGGCCAGCUCUGCGAGGAGGGGUGUGAGCCUGGCUCCUUUGGAGAGGGCUGCCGCCAGCGCUGUGACUGUGGUGAAGGGGUGCCCUGUGACCCCACCAGCGGCCACUGCCUCUGCCCGCCAGGACGCACAGGAGCCACAUGUGACCAGAUGUGCAGAGGAAACCGCUUUGGGCCAGGCUGUGCCCUGCAGUGCGACUGUGGGGGUGGAGCUGACUGCGACCCUGUCAGCGGGCAGUGCCACUGUGUGGGUGGCGACAUGGGGCCCACAUGCCAGGAAGGUGGGCCCCACCAGGUCCCUGACACCUUGCCUCCAGCUCAGGGCACAGGGACACAGCCAGCCUCCAGCACAGCAGCACCCCAGCUCAGCAGCAGGGCCACCAAGCACUAGAUCAGGAGCUCCCUGGCACGGAUGCCCUGCCACCAGGUGCCACCAAGGGACCCAGGCCUGUGGUGACAACUGAGGACACACAUGAACCAGGACUCCUGGCCCAGCCCUCUGGAGGGAUGUGGACAGCCACGGGCCCCUGUGGAGGGCUUCGUGGCCUCCCGGGCUGCCAGGGCCCUGCUGCUGGCCGGGCCCAAGCCGUGGCCCGGGUGCUCUCAGGCUGCCCCGCCCGGUACAGGUCCAGGCCCAGGAGGUGGUGCUAGGCUGGACUGCUGCAGCUGGCCGCCUGUCCAGCUGGAAGUGAGCCCGGCCGUGUUUAUGUACACGUAUCUAUGGGCAGCGCUGUUGCAACCUGGUCAGCUGGAAGCAGCCUUUCCGAAGAAGCCUGUGUCAGGCUGGCUGGCCCAGGGGUCUCCACGGGGGUCUCGGGAUUGGUGUGAUGCUGUGAGUUAAAGGAGCAGGCAGCUUC